CCCUCCCAAAAGUGGUGAAACACGCUCAUCGUUUUCAGUACCCUGUGAAAAGUGAAAUAUUUUGAUAAUGGCUGCACUGUGAACUUCUCUAUAAUCUACAUUCUCUGAUAAAUAUAUCGAAAAAUACAUUAAAUUGUUUUUCCGGUCGUCUCAUCUUACGACUUUGUAUUUGUUUUAAUUCAAAUAAAAUAGCCUUGUUUUCAGUUGUAUAAAAUAGCAUUGCUUAAUAGUUGUUCACAAAAUUGAAGACUUGAAAAAUAAAAAUCGGUUAACUCGUGUCAUUGUAUAGCUGGGAUUGUACGAUUGUUACUACUCAUCACUAUUUAUCUUAUUUGAAUCAAAACUUGUAAACCACAUCAAUUCAUAGAUUGCUAAAUUUGUUUGCAUAAAAACUGUUUGUAAAUAUGGCAAAUUUUGUUAAUUUAGAAGUGUUUUCUAAUUAUCAGAAAUAUAUUGACAAUGAACAGGAAAUUCGUGAGAAUAUCAGAAUAAAAGUGCGAGAAAUCGAGCAAUUCGUCAAAGAAGCUACAAUCCAACUUCAGGCCAUUCAUUCAGAUUUAUCAAAGAUUGAUAGUGCAUGCCAAGCAGCGCGCAAACAGAUAGCAUCUUGUGCCGGUGUCUACAAACAAUUGUCAGAGAUCAUUCCCCAUGGACAGUAUUACAGAUACUCAGAUCAUUGGACAUACAUAACACAGCGUCUAGUGUUUUUAAUUGCAAUGGUUGUAUAUUUAGAAGCCGGUUUUCUGGUAAAACGCGAGACGGUAGCUGAAAUGUUGGGCUUGCAAGUUAGUCACACACAAGGCUUUCAUCUGGAUAUAGAGGACUAUUUAAUGGGGAUUCUACAAAUGGCUUCGGAACUAUCUCGCUUUGCCACCAAUUCAGUAACCAUGGGCGAUUAUGAUCGGCCCUUGAAUAUUUCACAUUUCAUGGCGAAUUUAAAUUCUGGCUUUCGUUUGCUCAAUCUUAAAAAUGAUGGUUUGCGCAAGCGUUUCGAUGCCUUAAAAUACGACGUGAAGAAAAUCGAAGAAGUUGUUUAUGAUAUCAGUAUACGUGGUUUGCGCAAUGAAACGCCACAACCCACUGCCGAAAAUGCUGUCUCAAAUGAAACUACCAGUGCGGAGGCGAAAAGUGAUUAAAAAUUCGUGCGACAAUGAUAUAAAAAAUAGUAAUAAUUUCGUACACGUCUCGUAGGACUUCUUUUGGUGUUAAAAGAAUUGUUUGCUUUUGUUUCUUUUAAUAAUUUGUAAUAAACUGAUUUAAUUAAUGUUUUCCUUUAUUAAAAAUAUUACUUGCUAUAAUUUAUGCUAAUAAUUGGAUUAAAAUAAAUAAAUAAUAAUGAUUUAUAUUUAUAUUUAUGUCCGAUAACAUUCCUAUAUGCGAUGAACACGAUUUUUACCUCUUAAAAUUAUCUAUUUCAUUACGAUUUCAGUUAUUUAUUUUUAGUUACUAAAGGGGGUUUCAGAGCUUCUUACAUAAAAAAUAUCCUUUUAUUGUGUUGUGAAUCUUACUCUGAAUGCCAAAUAGAUACCAUACAUGUAUCUAACAAUUUUUGUAUUAAACAAAUAAUAUUAAACACGCGAAUUAUCAUAACAUACAUUUCGGCGCCACACUGAAAAAAAUAUUUAUUAAAAACAUUUUGACUGAACUGAUUUCUUCAUAAUCUAUUUAUUGGUUAUUGUAUGAUUGUAUACAAUAACUGAUGAAUAAUAAUGUUUUUCAUUGUUUUUGUGAAACUCCAUGUGUGUAAAGCCGUUGCUCACUCUUUAACCGAUAAGAAUGAAAUGAUGAUGUUCGUAAUCAGUGUGCUAGGUGAAGUUUAAAGACUUUUAAGAUUACGAAUACGAAUAUGCUUGCGUAAGCGAGUCGACAAUGACCAGCGCAGUUAGACUGAUGCGUAAAUAUGAAAACCUGAAAGCUAUUUGGUCAAAGUACUUUAAUGUGCACUGGAGUUUAUCAACUAUUUGACGCAGUUAAUCAUGCAUAUUUUUAUUGAAAUAACAUGUAUGCAUAUUUACAAUAAUAUUAGUAUUUAUAUAUCAGCACUAAAUUUCUUACAUUCGAAAUACCUGAAAUGAAUAUACAUUUCAGUUUCUCUAAUGAAAUUCAAUCAAUCAAUUUUAAGAUUCAAAAGGUUCCGUUAACUUAACUGUAACUGUGGGUGUUAGUAAAUUUUUUGGCACACGAAGAUUUGCCAUGUAAUUUCCUAAUCCAAGAUAGCUUAAACAAUAAUACUAGUAUUUAUUUUGCGUUUUAGAUUAGCACAAUGAGUGUUCCAUGGAAUAUCAUGUGCCAUAAAUUUCAAAAUACACACCUCCAAAAAGGAAGUAAGGGCAAACAAAUAUAGUAAAUAUUUUAUAUGCAAGUAUGUAUGUUCAUAUACAUAUGUGUUGAUGAGCGUGUGUGCAUCGCAAUAUUCAUGUUAACGUCUGUUCAGCAUUUUUAUCUACAUACAUACAUACAUAAAAUUGUUUAUUCUCUUGUUUGUCAGAAAAAACAAUACUUGUCAGAGUUCAAAGUCCUACUGUCUUAUAUGCAUGUAUAUUUGUAUGUGCAUUCAAAUGUAUAUUUGCAUCUGUAUAUGUCUAUUAGCCACUUAUACAUCUCAGUUGCUUAGUAUUCUCGCAACAAGUGCGCGAAAACCUCAAAAGUGCGAUUCUCAAAUUCUCAAAGAGUAAACGCGUUGGUCGCUUUUGAAAAUAUGCGAAAGAUUGCUAUUAUUGUUGGUAUAUGUAUUUCUAAACAAACCCUGCAGUAAAUUAAACUGGCGCGAUGUAGAGUAUCUUAAAAUAUACUUUUUAUAUGUAUCUAAUAGACUCUUGUAAUGGGCUUAAUGUGUUUGAAGCGCAAAAAUAAUACGUUAUUAUUUGCUGGCCGAGUUUGUUUGUGAGAACUUUACUAAACUCAGUUAGAGUGCAUACCGCUAGUUUUAAAAUUUAUUCUAUUAACUUUUGUUAAUAUUUCGGUUAUUAAUUUUUAAUAUUAAUUAUUCCAUGGUGAAAAAUUCGUUUUAUGGCGGAAAGACUCUAUAUUUUUCUCAAACAAUUUUUUAAAUUAUUUAUUAUUACAAAUAUUAAUUUUUCGUAAUAUUUUAUAUAAGAAUACACGAGAUUUCUAAUUAAUUUCGGUCAAACAACUUUUAUUAUUUGUCACUUUGUAAACAAAACAAUAAAUUCACUCACUCAGCUGGAAAUAUUUAUUUCAAUUUGCAUCUAACUGCUCAUGUCUGCUGGCAAUAAUCUAUAACCGUACCUUUUUGACAGCUGCGCCAACCAGGUGUUAUCGAAUGCAAUUUCAAACAAUUUUAUUACAAAACGGCCAAUAAAUUACGAAAAUAAAAUAAAGAA